UCCCUCUUCGGUUCUCUCUUUGGUCAGGAUUGUAUAGUUUACACUGCCGAUCUGCAUGGGGGCUGUAUUUGACUACUCACUGUGCAUUUCCUCCUGCUUGCUGCUCCAGUAUUCAAAUGCUGCACUUCUUUACAACACAGUGGUAGAGAGACUUAAAAAAGAAAGAAAGUGGUAGAGUGACUCUUGGUGUUUUUGUUUUUCUAUGUAAAUCAUGGCAGGAAAAGUGCGGUAGAUGAACAAAGACAGAGAGUCGGCAUUGAGAAAAGACAUUGACACAUCUCAUUCUCUCCGACAGCCAACAAAGACACAAACUACAGCCUCAACGUCCAGGACACCUGCCUCAUCUGACGGGGUAAAAGAAGAGUCUGCUUGAAAUGAAGUUGCCACUUCGCUAUGGAUCUUGAAGAUGCUUGUUGACUUCCCUCUCCCACACCUCCUCCCUUUGUCAUGGAGUUUGACCCGAACCACCUCAGUGACCCCUACAAACCUGUGGACGACAACGUCGAGCCCCCCGAUCUGGAGUGCGCCAUCUGUUUCUGCCAGUUUAACAAUGUCUUCAACACCCCAAAGGUACUCCACUGCAAGCACACCUUCUGCCUGGAGUGUCUUGCGAGGAUGAACGUGACGUCCACCAAACCCGACACCAUCCAGUGCCCUCUGUGCCGCGCGUACACCCCGUUACCCAACUUGGGUCUUCCCAAGCUAGCAAAUGACUCCACGGUGCUGUCUUACCUUCCAGCUGCCAUGCAGCAUGUCUACAGUAUCCGCUUUAACCGCAACAAAGGCAAACUGCAGGUGAAAAGAGUGCCCAGCUCUGCCCCGGCCCUGACGCAGACCAUCAGCCAGACUCUGGACGUCGGGAACCCAGCGGGCUCGGAGGGUCACCAGAGCAGAGACGGGGGUAGUGACAGGUCUUUAUUGAUCACCGUACUGCGAACGCCCCUGUGCAAAGCUUUCCUCAUGAGCCUGGUCGCCAUAAUGACCGUCGUUUUCACCAUUACUAUCAUCUUUAUCAACAAGAAAUAAGCCCAAAUACUUUGUUUUUUAAAUGUACGCUAGAGCAUGCGUACAGUGGGCAUGACGCAAAUAUCGCACACAGUUUUUUUUUUCCCCCCUUAUGAUUUGUACAAUGUACACGCAGCUCACACAUGUGCUUUGAAUUGUUUUGCACGAAUCAGUUUGUCCACAAGGUGGCGACACUGGCCCCGGCUGUUUCACAGUUGGAAAAGAAACUGAACGAGAACAACAACAAACUAUCACAACAAAAACAAUAUAGACUUCUGAACUGUCAAGCGAUUGAUUGAUUAAAAUACAUCAGCAACAAUUUAACAAAUACAAGAAUUUUUUAUUUCUCAAAACUUUUGGAGAGGAAAAGCACAGACUCUGGACAAGGAUGAAUCUUGAUGAGUGUUCAACUGUUUAGAGUACACUUGAUGGACUUUAUUAUCACUGGCACUGACUGCAUCCACGUCAAAAGGUCAAAUGACAGUGUAAAAAACAAACAAACAGCAUGACAAACACAUUUUUGAAUCUUUCCAUCCUAGGCAAAUCAGAAUGUCUACAGUUAUAUUUAACAUCUGAGAAGGAUAGUGGUUACAAAAAAAGUACUGUUAUUGUACCACAGUAUUUACGUGGUAGUAAUAUAUGGUAAAUGCACAAAACACUAUAGCACCCUAUACCUUUUUGUGUUCCUUACAGACAAUGAUCUGGUGGUAUGAGAUGGUAUGGUACUUUAAACAUACACUGGUACUUUUUGGUACACUUUGGCUCUAAAUUCUUUAGGGAGGCGCUCAUAAGUGUAAAGUAACCUUACAAAAUAUAAGAUGGUUGGACCAUGAUACACUGAAAAUAGUCAGUAUGAUAUGUCCAAAAUAUUUGUGAGAUAGAUUGGUCACCUUUAUUUAUAUAGCGCUUUAUACAAUACUGAUUGUGUCAAAGCAGCUUUAAAUUGUCAGGCAGGAAAAUAGUUUGUCAAUAAUGCAAGAGGAUUAUACACAGCUGUAGAUUAUUAAAAAAAUAUAUAUAAUAUGCAGAUUGUGCAAUACAAUGUCUUUACUGCGCUAAA